CUAACAACCGAUUCUAGGAGACCAACGGGCGAACCGGUAGAUGAACGGCAUGGCGAUGACUUCCACGCAUUAAUUCACCCCGAGGCAAAUGACGAGGAAGAGGAAUCCAGGAGACAGGGCUGGGCCUACGGGGACCUGGAAGAAGACAAUGUUUGGGGCCGGUAGGUAGCAAAGAGCGAGCUUCAGGACCAAUAAAGUUGCAUGUGUGGUGAUUGCGCCUGGAAAUAGUUUCGAGAUCAUUUUAUUUCUGUGAUGUGGAGGAGACCUGUACUGUAUAAAGAAAGGGCUUGUACGAUGAAUGAAGAUGAGGCUAGUAUACCCGAGCCAUGUGCUUUUUUUUUAUUAACCCACGCUCUUUUUUCUGUCAGGGGCAUUUGCGUAACGAGCCCAGAGCAAGUGAUGAUGGAUGAUGUGACGGGGUUUCCUGUCACUCGGGCUGAUGGUUGGUUCCCCCCAGCAAAUGACGGCCAGCCAUUACGCGCCCACCACGCUAUCUUCCGGAUUGAUAGGAUGAUAGGAGGACUGACAUGGUCAUCAUCAAUGAUGGCUGAUCGACAGCCCGACACGCUGGCGAGGAGAGGGGAGACUCGAGAGUGGAAGAAAAGGGACUUUUGCUUCCCCGCUAUUGGUGUGCCUCAUUUGAUUAGGGCAACAGUAAUGGCACCACGACCGUCACAUCCUCUGCCUCGUCCUGCCCCCUCAUUAGUCCAGAGGAAAUGGCUGAUGCUCGAGCUUCUAUCUGAAGCAAUCUCGUAGUUUGUACGGAGUAGUUAGUCUCUUUGUGUGUGUGU